AUGUCGCAGAACGACAUCGAGGCCAAGAUCCAAACCGCGCUCUCGUACAAGGCGCAAGGCAACGAAGCGUUCGGAGCGAAACAGUAUCAAGAAGCCUUGCGGUGCUACCACCAUGCUGUGUUGUAUCUCUCUGGCCUUGAUGAAGGCAUCUUAGCGGGGCUCACAGGGCAGUCUCAUCCUACGUCCCAAGGUACACGCGACGACAAGAUCCAAUUGAGUCAGGUGCGGUCCAAUAUGGCCGCAUGCUAUCUGCAAUUACAGCAGUGGGACAAGGCCCUUGACGCAUGUGACAAGGCGCUUGCUCUGGAUGCUACCAACAAAAAGGCCAUAUUUCGUAAGGCCCAAGCGCUUCGGCAGCGUGGCGACAUGUACAAGGCGCGUGCAUGGCUAGCCUCGUCCACUGCACAGCCAUUUCUGAGUGAUGUGGAUUUCGCCCGUGAGCAAGCUCGUAUUGAAGCCCUCAUCCUAACUCGCGAACGCCAGAGCGCCCAUCGUCUACGUGGCUUCCUCUCUUAG